AUCGAUCUCUCUUAUUUUUUUUGCAUCUAUUCUUCUGCCUCAAUAUUUUAACUUACACAUUGGGAGAACCUUGUCAGCAAAGUAGAAAUGACAAUCCAGCCUGAACAAGUACCAGAGAAAGUCGUCAUCGGCGUACUCGCUCUUCAAGGCGCUUUCAUUGAGCACAUACACUAUCUCCAAAGACUACGUCCCCAUGGCCACACGAUCGAAGCUAUUCCGGUGCGCAACGCCGAUGAACUAUCUCGAUGCCAUGCCCUCAUCCUUCCCGGGGGUGAAUCCACCGUCAUAUCCCAUCUCGCCUCACUUACUCCUUGCCUCCUGCCUGCUCUCCUCUCUUUCGCGCAAGACCCUUCAAAAGCGAUGUGGGGAACGUGUGCGGGUAUGAUUCUCAUGGCUGAAGAGGAUGGGAUUGGAGGAGGUAAGAAGAAGGGUGUGAAAGGCUGGGGCGGUGUAAAAGGUUUAAAGGUCUGGAGAAACCUCUACGGCACCCAACUAGAAUCAUUCGAAGCGGCUCUCGAUAUCCCCGUCUUAUCCGACCCUUCGAGACCAUUCAACGCAGUAUUCAUCCGUGCGCCAGCUGUGCACAGCCUUGCGCCAACAAAGACAGACAUGGAGGAGACUCAAGUCCUCGCCACUCUUCCUGCCGAGUACCUCCCUUCACCGCCGCCUUGCGACUCGCCACUGGGUGAACCCAAUGUGGACGAUUUGGGCAAGGUGAUGAUCAGACAAGGGAGAAAGAUGGUCACCAGUUUCCAUCCUGAAUUAAGUGGGGAUAUGAGGAUUCACGAGUAUUGGGUUGAAAAGUGUGUCCUUGGAAGAAGAUAGAUCGUUAGGGGGGAGAAAUAUAAAGUGUGGAUUUCUUUUCUUUUCUUGUAACUAGAUCUAGGGGCAAUUGUAUCGUAGAAAAGAAGAAGGAAGAAAUAAAAUGCCAUAUUCCAUCACAUGUAU